UCUACAGCUUUCGCCUGCGGCAGAUCAAGUACUGAUGUGUGGAAAUUGCCCCGCGAGCGAGAAUUACGAACUCUUGGCAACAGAGAACUGGACAGUGUGUAUGAAUGUGGGCCCGAAGAUAGGAUGAUGAAGAAAUAAAAACAUUGAUUUGAAUUACAUAUGAUUAUCAGGGAAUGAAUACAUUUUUUUGAUCGUCGUUCAGUAGACGUAGUAUCAAGUUCGUGAAAGUGCCGUAUUUUCUCAGCAAGUGUAACUGAAGAAUAAUCUUUUGAAGAUGGCUCCAACAGCUACAAGUGGCGAUUUUCUAGAAUUAUUUAACGAUCAGCAGCCUCUGGUGUUUUUCGUAAAUGGAAAAAAGGUUAUUGACCCCAAUCCCGAUCCGGUAUGCACCCUACUAGUAUACCUUCGCGAUACCCUCCGGUUAUGUGGAACCAAACUGGGCUGCGCCGAGGGUGGGUGCGGCGCUUGCACGGUAAUGGUGUCGAGAAUCGAUCGUACCACCAACCAGGUACGCCACGUGGCUGCCAACGCAUGCCUCACGCCAUUAUGCGCCGUUCAUGGAAUGGCCGUUACAACCGUGGAAGGGAUCGGAAGUACGCGCACUCGUCUACACCCGGUUCAAGAACGUCUCGCCAAAGCCCACGGAUCGCAGUGCGGAUUUUGUACCCCAGGAAUCGUUAUGUCUAUGUACGCUCUGCUGAGAACUUCACCAGUACCAACUAUGAAGGAAAUGGAAGUGGCCUUCCAGGGAAAUCUGUGUCGUUGUACCGGAUACAGAGCAAUCAUCGAAGGUUACAAAACCUUCACGCAGGAAUUCGGAAUUCCAUACAAUGGAUUGGCAGAGAAUGGAACUUCCCAGAACGGGACCUGUGCUAUGGGUGAGCAAUGUUGCAAAAAUCGUAACGGAACUUCAAAUGGUUGCGGAGUGGAAGUUGACGACAAGCUGUUCGAUGCCAGUGAGUUCGCACCCUUCGAUCCUUCCCAAGAACCGAUUUUUCCUCCAGAGUUGAAGCUGUCCAAUUCAUUUGACGCAGAAUCACUGGUUUUCCGAUCAGGCAACACAGGUUGGUACCGUCCAACGAAACUUGAGCAUUUGCUUGCAAUUAAGAAGCACCAUCCUGGAGCGAAGAUAAUCGUCGGAAACACAGAAGUUGGAGUUGAGGUUAAGUUUAAACACUUUGAAUAUCCGGUACUGGUGUAUCCGACUCAGAUCAAAGAGUUGACCGAAAUUGUGAAGCUCCAAGAUGGACUGAAAGUGGGAUCCUCUGUUACGUUGGUGGAGAUGGAGCGAGCCUUGAGGGAAGAAAUCGACGUUCUCCCCGAAUGCGAAACUCGAUUGUACAAAGCGAUUGUUGAUAUGCUGCAUUAUUUCGCCGGGAAACAGAUCCGAAACAUGGCUUCGGUGGGUGGAAAUAUUAUGACCGGAAGCCCAAUCUCCGACCUGAAUCCGAUAUUCACAGCCGCUGGUAUUGAAUUGGAAGUGGCUAGUCUUGAUGGUGGAGUUCGAAAGGUGAAUAUGGGAGAUGGAUUCUUCACAGGGUACCGUAGGAACAUAAUAAGUCCAGAAGAGGUGCUUUUAUCGAUAUUCAUUUUCAAAACCAAUUCUGAUCAACACUUCAUAGCCUAUAAACAAGCUAAACGGCGUGAUGAUGACAUUGCUAUCGUGAACGGUGCAUUUAAUGUAGCCUUCGAGCCAGGAACUGACAUUGUUAAACAUUGUUAUCUGGCUUUUGGUGGAAUGGCUCCAACGACCGUACUGGCUAAGAAAACUGGUAUCGCAUUGGUCGGCAAGAAGUGGAAUAGUGAGCUAAUCGAAUUGGCUAAUGAAUUAAUGGUUGAAGAGCUACCUCUCAGUCCCAGUGCUCCUGGUGGCAUGAUCCUUUAUCGUCGAUCAUUGACGUUGAGUUUGUUUUUCAAGGCCUAUCUGUCCAUAAGUAACACACUUUCACAUACUGUAUCCGACCACGAGCCCCUGCCAGAUCGGGAGCAAAGUGGAGGUAACACAUUCCACACUUUAGUGCCUAAAAGUGCACAACUUUUUGAAAAGGUAUCAACUGAUCAACCGAUCACUGAUCCAAUACGUAGACCAAAGGUUCAUGCGUCAGCUUUCAAACAAGUUACUGGUGAAGCAGUUUAUUGCGACGACAUUCCCAAGUACACCAAUGAGCUUUAUCUGACACUGGUAAUUAGCACUAAAGCGCAUGCAAAAAUACUGUCUAUCGACCCUUCAGAAGCUCUGGCAAUGGAAGGGGUGCACCGUUUCUUCUCUGCAGCUGAUCUUACCGAUGAACAGAAUGCUUGCGGACCCGUAUUUCAUGACGAAUACGUUUUCUGGAAAGAUCUGGUUACCAGUCAAGGUCAGACCAUCGGGGCGAUCGUCGCAGAUAACCAAACGAUCUCCCAAAAGGCAGCUCGGAAGGUGAAAAUCGUCUAUGAGGAGCUUUCGCCGAUCAUUGUCACGCUUGAAGAUGCUAUCGCAAAGGAGUCGUACUAUCCAGGUUAUCCGAAGAGCAUCGUUCAAGGCGAUAUCGAGAAAGGUUUUCAGCAAGCAACGCAUAUCAUCGAAGGUGAUUGCCGAAUGGGCGGCCAGGAGCACUUUUACUUGGAGACUCAAGCAUGCGUAGCCGUACCGAAGGAUUCGGAUGAGAUAGAAGUAUUUACAUCGUCGCAGCAUCCAACCGAAAUUCAACAGCACGUAGCUCAUGCGUUGGGCAUUCCCUCGUGCAAGGUUGUUUCACGUGUUAAGAGAUUGGGUGGAGGUUUCGGCGGGAAGGAGUCAAGAGCAGCUCUUGUAGCCAUUCCGGCAGCGUUGGCGGCUUACAAGCUUCGACGCUCGGUUCGUUGUAUGUUGGAUCGUGACGAAGAUAUGCAAGUCAGUGGUACUCGGCAUCCGUUCUACUUUACUUACAAGGCGGGAGUCGAUGACAAGGGUAAGGUGUUGGCAGCUGAUUUUAAGGCGUACAACAACGCUGGCUAUUCGAUGGAUUUGUCCUUUUCGAUUCUAGAGAGAGCAAUGUUUCACAUUCAGAAUGCGUAUAAGAUACCAAACUUGCGGGUUCAGGGAUGGGUCUGCAAGACAAAUCUUCCGUCGAAUACAGCUUUUCGAGGUUUUGGAGGUCCACAGGGUAUGUAUGCUGGUGAAACUAUGAUGAGACACGUGGCACGAGUUCUCAAGCGAGACUACGUAGAGUUAGCUGAGCUGAAUAUGUACCAGGAAGGAGAUAAGACACACUACAAUGAAUUGAUUGAGAAUUGCAACGUUCGAAGAUGUUGGAAAGAGAUGCUCGAAUCGUCAAGCUUCAAGGAUCGGAAGACUGCGUUGGAGAAGUUCAACACGCAGCAUCGUUGGCGUAAACGCGGCAUUAGUGUAGUGCCUACGAUGUUUGGAAUUGCCUUCACGGCAGUACACCUUAACCAAACAGGAGCCUUGCUUCACGUAUACCAAGAUGGUGCAAUUUUGUUAUCUCAUGGUGGAACCGAGAUGGGGCAAGGACUAUACACCAAGAUGAUUCAAGUUGCUGCAACCACACUGCAGGUACCAUUUGACACUAUUCACAUUUCCGAAACAUCGACGGACAAGGUUCCGAAUACUCCUGCUACUGCUGCUAGUGCAGGAUCCGAUCUGAAUGGAAUGGCUGUCCUGAACGCAUGCAAAGCAAUCAACCAACGUCUGGCCCCUUACAAGAAACAAUAUCCUGAUAAAGACUGGAAAUUCUGGGUAAACAAGGCCUAUUUUGAUCGUGUUUCAUUAUCUGCCACUGGAUUCUACGCGACUCCAGAUAUUGGUUAUGACUUCGAUACCAACUCCGGCAAUCCCUUCAACUACUUCACGUUCGGUGCUGCAUGUUCAGAAGUGGAAAUUGAUUGCCUGACGGGUGAUCAUCAGGUAAUUCGAACGGAUAUCGUAAUGGACCUUGGAUCAAGCAUUAACCCAGCUAUCGAUAUCGGACAAAUCGAAGGAGGUUUCAUGCAAGGUUAUGGAUUGUUCACGCUGGAAGAAAUGGUAUAUUCGCCAACGGGAACGACCUUUUCUCGAGGUCCUGGGGUUUAUAAGAUACCCGGAUUUGCCGAUAUUCCUGGAGAAUUCAACGUUUCUCUGCUAACUGGUGCGCCUAACCCAAGGGCAGUGUACUCAUCGAAGGCCGUAGGCGAACCUCCACUAUUUCUGGCAUCAUCAACGUUCUUCGCCAUACGUAACGCGAUCAGUGCUGCCCGUCGAGAGGAAAAGUUGAACGAUGACUUCAAUAUGGUUUCACCGGCCACUUCCUCGCGGAUCCGAAUGGCGUGUCAGGAUAAAUUUACGAAAAAGUUCGUCGAAGCCACACCCGGUUCCUUCACACCAUGGAAUGUGAUGCCCUGAUAUUAUAUCUCUGAUAUUGAUACUGCUUACUAGAUUAUAAAGGAUGUUGAAACUUUUGUAUACAUAUUAAAGAUAAAUGUAUAAAUAACCAAAUUUUA